ACGGCGCAACGCUACCUUGCCACAUUCAAUAUGGCAGCCACGUUGACUUUAUUUUGACCGCUAAACGAGUCAUCGGUGUAUGAGGCUAGCACCAAACGAAACGGCUAGUCGCUAGAACUAAUGGACAUUCGAAGAUAAUAUACUUCGGUUAUUUGGGAACUUCAUAGAUGACAUUUUAUCCAAUGGACACCACUGAAUGCGGCCGGUCAUGGAAGUUGCACGCUCCAGAUACACACGGCAUGAGAUUGACUGCAAUGAACAGUGCGAGCGACAAAAGAGCAACAGAAGUGGAAAAGGAACAGCCCCAGAAAAGUGUUACCAUGGCGCCUUCUUCCUGGUAUCUGACUGACCGGCAGUAUGUGAUGAGAAAGCCUCAGUUCUCCAUCGAAAACUCGUCUAUUUUGAAGAAGACGCAGCAGCAGCAACAGCAGCAACAUCAACACGGGGAGCUGCACGUCAGUUUCCGAGGGAACAGAGGUCAGCAUUCCGCCCGGAUGAAUGGUCUGACCAGGUUAGGAGAAAACCUCAAUUCAGUGAGCAGCAGCUUCAGUCCCACUGACGAUGUUGCCUCUCAUUCAGCUUCUAAAGACGUUUGCAGCUCACUAUUGGGUAUCCCAGAUGUCAACAGUAGGUUAUACGAAGAAGAAGAAACUUUAGUUGGAUCCACUUUGACCAGAAGUGAAUGGCUCCAGUGUGGCCUCUCCAGCAACAUUGCAAAGCUCCAGCAAAAAUCCCGUCCACAACUAUCAUCCACUGCUCUGUACCCUACCUAUAGCCCCAGCCCGCCAUUUUCUUUGGCUAAAACCGAGCUGAAAAAACAAAAGACUUGCUCUUUAGCCGAGGGGCCGAGAAGACGAUCCAUGACAUAUCACCAAGCAAACUAUUGGGACUGUGCAAUCCCCAAGUCUUUGCCCAAAUUCACCAAUAGGCACUCUGCUUCUUGGGAUCCAAACAAGGAGUACCGAGCUUUGCUCGACUACACUUACCCCCUCAAGCCCGAGCGGACGGACGCAACGUGGGACAACAGCACUGGGUUCCAGGGUGACUCUCCGGACCUCAACCUACAAGAUUCUGGUAUCCAACUCAAUAGCCCUGGUAGCACCGUCCUGUCUGUGUCGGAUUUAAACCUGAGCAACAGCGUUGGGCCAAAGAAAGCCUGGGACACCUUGGAUCGGGAAAUCAAUUCCUCUGCAGAGUUGUUUUUGGAUAGGUUCGACUUUGUUACGGACCGAGAUCUGCUCAACUGUCACCUGGGUAGAAGUCAGCACCAUCCUCCACCAUAUGCGCAAUCCUCCUCCGUCGUCCCAAGUGUCCUUCCUCAGUCCCAGUCUGUAGUCGGGGAUCUUGACAAGGAGUUCUGGUCCCUGCCUGAUAACCUGGAAGAGGUGCAACUCCUCGCUCGACAGGUCAAGGAGGUGACAGCCAGGUUGAAGCGUAUGGGCCCUGCCUCCAAUCUCCUGACUCUAUCACCGCCAGAGAAACAAGUGGCCAAAGAGGCUGGGCAGCAAGCUGAUCAUACUAACUCUGAAGCAGCGACGAGUGUGUUGAUGGAGUCUGUUGGGUCAGGACUGACUCAAGACAGUCUCGAGGUGGUGGUGGAGCGACUUUGCGGCGUCCACCUGAGAGACACUCACAAGGAGGAGCAGGACCAAAGUUGCUCUCUGACGCAUCAUAUACGCAUGUUUUGUUCACUCUUGGAGCAAUACAUUCACUGGCUCUACGAGGUUUCCGAGAAGACGGACGUGUGGGCUCGACCCAUUGACAACAUGAAGAGGUCACUUGCCGAAUAUCAGCGAGAGUUGAGUUGUCAUCAACAUCUGACCUCUCAUGUUCUGCAAACCGGCGAGCUUCUUCUAGGCUUAAUGGACAACACGUCUCCACUGUUAAGGAACACGCUGCUGUUAAUUGAGAGGCAGUCGAGAGUCGUGGAAUAUCGCACCCAACGCUUGAUGUCCUUCGCUGAGCGCUGAGACUGGGCGGGCAAAGCAGACAGCGCGCUCUCUCCGGAUGAAUGAGCUGACGUUCAAGACGCUAGCAGGGCGGGACGCUUGAUCCGGCAGAAAGUGGCCCGAGCUGUGCGCUCGUGUCAAAUGAGAGAAGUCGUAUACAGCCGUUCCAAAACCUUUGUCUUGUUACUCCGUCGUUACAAAGCCACUCCCUCCCAUUUGCCAAUAGACCCGAACCCCAAAACAAUAGAAACCUUCCCAAUAUCCCAUAUACCUAGUACGUACGAGUCUUCACAGCCUUUGGUUAGUUGAAUGAAAAUAAAAAGAGUUAAUACUUUGUUGACAGCCAUCUUUGCGAAUAAUAAGCUUCUUUUUGGGCUGUUUCUCUCCCGGUGACAUUCACAGUUGUGCUGAAGCCACUUGCUGCAGGUGCCUUUUACGAAACAGUGUCUUCCUUCCGUAUGGCCACUCGUCCCUUGUUGCAUUGCGGUCCAGUAGACAAUCUGAAAGCUUUUCGAGACCUCCCCAAUACCUUUCCGCUAUAUCAACCUUUCUUAUUCCCUUAAUAACCAUUCUCACAUUGAUUGUUCUGUGCAUGUAUUGUACCUUUACACUAAAUAAAAGAACAAACACUUGAUCUUG